UGCCGUUUGUUAUUGUCUGUCACAGGGACAGCGCGCUUUGCCUGAUCCUACUACUACUACUGCUACUCUAAACAUCACAAUGGCGUCUAGACAGAUAAGUCCCCCUCUUCACGGUAGAUUCCCGACGGCGCUGCGAUCGCUGCCGUUCGCGUUGCUCGUCGUGGUCCUCGUCGGGAGAGGCGAGGGCAACCCGAUGGACAACGUCGCAACAGAGAGGCUGGCUGAGGAAAGCCACCGCCAAGACAGUGCCAACCUCCUCAUCUUCAUCAUGCUCCUCACGCUCACCAUCCUCACUAUAUGGCUCUUCAAACACAGGCGUUUUCGGUUCCUGCACGAAACGGGGCUCGCGAUGAUCUACGGUCUUCUGGUGGGCGUGAUCUUACGGUUUGGUGUCCACGUGCCCCCGAGCAUGAGCGACGUAGUGCAGGGAUGUGCGGUGAACGCCAGUCCCGCCACUUUGCUUGUCAACGUCAGCGGGCGAUUCUACGAAUACACGCUAAAGGGCGAAGUCAGUCGCGGCAAAGGCCGCCAAGUGCAGGACGAUGAGAUGCUGAGAAAGGUUACUUUUGACCCAGAAGUCUUUUUCAACAUUUUGCUGCCCCCAAUCAUCUUCCAUGCUGGCUACAGUCUAAAACGGAGACAUUUUUUCCGCAACAUCGGCUCCAUCCUGGCCUAUGCUUUCAUGGGAACUGUUAUAUCCUGCUUUAUUAUAGGGCUCAUCAUGUACGGAUUUGUGUCCUUCAUGAAAGUGGUGGGCCAGCUGGGGGGAGAUUUUUACUUCACUGACUGUCUCUUCUUUGGGGCCAUCGUAUCAGCGACGGACCCAGUGACAGUGCUGGCUAUUUUCAAUGAGCUGAAGGUAGACGUGGACCUGUACGCUUUACUUUUUGGGGAGAGCGUGCUCAAUGACGCCGUGGCGAUUGUUCUCUCAUCUGUUCUUCUCCGCUUGGAGAAGCAGAGUAGGCGGGGGGCUCAGACAGUGCGGCCCAAGAGCGAGGAGGAAUGGCUGGGGACAAAUCAGACGGUCAUUCCUCGUUCCAUUGUGGCCUACCAGCCGGCGGGAGACAACAGCCACAGUUUUGAGGCCAUGGCCAUGCUCAAGUCCUUUGGCAUUUUCCUGGGUGUCUUCAGCGGAUCAUUUGCGCUUGGCGUGGCCACCGGUGUUGUGACGGCGCUCGUGACCAAGUUUACGAAGCUGAGGGACUUCCCCUUGCUGGAGACGGCACUGUUUUUCCUCAUGUCCUGGAGCACCUUCCUGUUGGCAGAGGCCUGCGGUUUUACUGGCGUGGUUGCGGUGCUGUUCUGUGGCAUCACCCAGGCUCAUUACACCUAUAACAAUCUCUCUCGUGACUCACAGGAUCGGACCAAACAGUUAUUCGAGCUGCUCAACUUUCUGGCAGAGAACUUCAUCUUCUCCUACAUGGGACUGACGCUCUUCUCCUUUCAGUCGCACGUCUUCAACCCUCUGUUCAUCAUCGGCGCCUUUGUGGCGGUGUUCUUGGGGAGGGCGGCAAACAUUUAUCCAUUGUCUUUCCUGCUCAACCUGGGCCGCAAGAACAAGAUCGGAUCCAAUUUUCAACAUGUCAUGAUGUUUGCAGGCUUGCGCGGAGCCAUGACAUUCGCCCUUUCCAUCCGAGACACAGCCACUUACGCCCGCCAGAUGAUGUUCUCCACCACCUUGCUGAUCGUCUUCUUCACUGUGUGGAUCUGCGGAGGUGGCACUAUGCCUAUGCUGUCCUUCAUGAGCAUUCCUGUGGGCGUGGACUCUGAUCAAGACCACACGAGUUCGGGAAUGUUGGAUGGUUCAUUGAGGAGGAACACAAAGCAUGAAAGCGCUUGGCCCUUCAGGAUCUGGUACAACUUUGAUCACAACUACCUGAAACCGCUCCUGACCCACAGCGGCCCCCCUCUCACCGCCACCCUGCCCGCCUGUUGUGGACCGUUGGCGCGGUGCCUCACUAGCCCCCAAGCAUACGAGAAUGAAGGGCAACUCCACGACGACGACUCCGACUUUAUUCUGAACGACGCCAGAGUGAGCUCCAUGUAUGCCGACGUCACCGUCAGUACGGACGGCUCGGGCUCCAGCGGCGUCAAGCGUCACCGCCCAUCCGACGAGGGCCUGGAUCACGAACUAGCGCUGGCCGAGCACGAGGUGCCCAUCCGGGGAACCCGCCUGGUCUUGCCAAUGAACGACCCCGCCGAUCCCCCGACGACCGUGACCCUACCUCCGCCACCUUCGCCGCCCCGUUCGGACCCCCGUAGGCACAGACUGUAAGGAAAGUGUUUCGUGGUUGCGAGAUGUGGCUCCUUGUUUUCAUUAUUGAAUAUUUCAUUCAAGUUGAUUCUGACCUGAGAGCUAUGUUAAGGCAGUAGCUAUACUUAGAUGACUGUACUGUAUUUCCUGCAGGCUGUUCAUAACAAUUUUCCAACUACACUACACAAAUCAAGCUAAAAUAGGUGAACUGUCAGAUUUUAUGUGACUUUAAAGGUCUUUUAAAAGAAACAUAAUUAACCCUACUUACUAACACUGCACCUUAUGAAAUAAAAUAGCCUGCCUUAAUCAUUACGGUCACAUAAUUAUAGCUGUUGUUGAUUUUUAUUGACUGGAAUAAACCUCUCUUUCAAUGUUUCUCGUCGCUAAAAAUCUUCAUGCGGACCGGUCCACUUCAGCUAUGUAAGGAGUGACUGUGUUUAAACUUGAACAUGAAGGUAGUACAAGCCAGGUACUAUACAUGUUAAGUAAACUGAUCGAGAGGCUAAGCCACAUGCAAACUGACUACUUCCACACUCCUCUAAGUACAUUUUCGCAUUUCCUGUGCGUUUCAAUAAUGUGUGAAUUUAUUUAUGAAUGUAUUUAUUUGUUGUUUUGAGCUUUGACAUUUCUUUAUCAUUAUUUGUUCUAGAGGUUAGACAACUCAGUGGCGAGAAGCACCUUUUUUAACCCCCUCGAAGCACCACGGUUGAUUCAUCUCACGAGAGGUACGCUGUAUGAAUGUAGGAAGGGAGAAUUUGUGGAUUUUCAUUCAGGAAGUUUCUUAUUGUAUGCGUGCGUAGAAAAAUGUUCGAAGUCAAGAUGAGAAAUUCCCCUUUGAACAUCGUUUACAGCAGUGGCGGAACAAAUGUGAACACGGCUCGGGUGCGACGAGUAUAAACGGGACGCCCCGAGUGGACCGUCAAAGGGGAGGUGGGGGGGUUGUACUGGACAAUUAUUCGUGGGCCCCGCCACACUUUCGCAGUCUCCUUAAGGCAAACCACGGACAGAAAGACUUGUAGUUAUUGAAAUAUAAAUGUUAUUAUUAAGGUUGUUCCGAUCAUGUUUUUUUGCUUCCGAUCCGAUCCCAAUCAUUUUAGUUUGAGUAUCUGCCGAUCCCGAUAUUUCCCGAUCCGAUUGCUUUUUUUGCUCCCGAUUCAAUUCCAAUCAUUCCCGAUAAUUUUUCCCGAUCAUGUACAUUUUGGCAGUGCAUUAAGAAAAAAAUGAAUAAAACUCGGACGAAUAUAUACAUUCAACAUACAGUACAUAAGUACUGUAUUUGUUUAUUAUGACAAUAAAUCCUCAAGAUGGCAUUUACAUUAUUAACAUUCUUUCUGUGAGAGGGAUCCACUGAUAGAAAGACUUGUAAUUCUUAAAGGAUAAAUGUGACUUUGUAUAUUGUGACUAAAUAUUGCCAUAUAGUGUAUUUGUUGAGCUUUCAGUAAAUGAUACUGUAGCCAUUUAACUGUUCUGCCCAAAUGCAUGAUGGGAAGUGCAACCAUGACUGUGCGUAGUGGCACCAAUUGAUAUAUCUUCUCUGCGUUGGUAAAUAACAUAGUGUGUUAAGCAAAAUAUCAACUACUACCUUUCUUCCCCACAUUGGUUCCCACGAUAUUUCUAAUUGUUUUCUAAUUGUUGAGAGAGGGAUAGUAAGGCUUUAGACAAUUAAAAAAAAGCUCCAAAUGCUGCCAAAAUUCACUCUACUCAUAUUAUGCUGCCUUUUAGCUCUAUAUAUAGGUAAAACGGCGCCAUUAUAGAUUGAACGCGACAAUGCGUGAGUGGGUCGUGCAGAGCAUGCGUUAAUUGCAUUAAAUAUUUUAACAUGAUUAAUUGAAAAAAAAAAAUUACCGCCGUUAACGCAAUAAAUUUGAUAGCCCUACUUUAAGCCAAAACUAAAGACUCUGGAUGAUUGUAAGACAUUUUGUCUGUAACGUUAAAUACAGUUAGAAAACGAUUUAAUUUAAAAAAAAAAAAAAAAAAAAAAAAAGUUAAAAAAAGGCAUGUCCGAUAUUUUUUUUGCCGAUUCCGAUACUCUGAAAAUGACGUGAUCGGACCCGAUCGAUCGGGACAUCUUUAGUUAUUAUGAGUUAAAAUAAUUUGAUAUUAAAACCCCUCUCAAUGUUUUCGUUUUUAUAAAAUUUGAAAAAUUAGUUUUAGUCGCCAUUGUCGUUGAUGACACAAUGCACUCUGGGCGGUGACGUCACCUAAACAUGUCGUGGGUUCUGCCCUUCCAAUUUGAACUCGAGUGGAAAAGUGAUGAGCAGGACAGCACUGUCGAUAUUUCACAAAACGAGCAGCAAAAGCAAUUAAAUGAAGGUCUCCAGCGGGAUUCGAACCCACAUUUUCCGUGCGACAGAUGAGCACGUACACCACAGGACUAUACUUCCGCGUGACGUUAGAUUUAUGAUUUUCCUUAUAAAACAAUCGCAACCCACAUGCAUUGUCUGUCUGUGCAGUAAAACCUGAAAGGCAAACACAGCUGUAAAGAAAGUCCGGCCGACUUGACCACUGAAUACGAAAACGCGACUCACUCCAGACAGCAAGCAGACAACAAUGACAUAGGGAUUAUGUAAAAGCGUUUUUUGAACAUACACAAAAAAAAUCACGCGAUCGCGAAAAGGGAGACACAAAAAGGGUCCGUGACAAUAGGUCAGGAUCAAUUAAAAAAAAAAAAAAAAAAAAACUCAGAGGGAAAACAACGGUGAGAGGCAGACAAACGGGAAAAAAAGAGGCAAUGAUGCUACUAGCAACGAAGGGAUAUACAAACUGUCAAAUGGCAGCAAGUCAAUAUCUCGGCAAGCCGCCUAGGAUCGUUUUAAACACACUGCUGAUGAGUUGGAAUUGGAUGCAGGUACGACGUUCAUCCCACAGCUACACAACAAAACAAUCAGACCAGCAGCAGAGUGUGUCAAAAUCAUGCCAGUCAUCAUAAUGGCUUCGCUUGCUAGCCAACACAGCUAUUCUCCCAGUCCAGCCCAACCACGUCAUCACCCCCAGCGUGCCUUGCACCCGUAAAACGUGGCACCCGCUGAAGGUUAAAACAUAUACUAAAUAUUAUAGAUUUUAAAAUCAAUAUCAGUAAUUUACAGUGGGUCAAAUAAGUAUUUAGUCAACCACUAAUUGUGCAAGUUCUCCCACUUGAAAAUAUUAGAGAGGCCUGUAAUUGUCAACAUGGGUAAACCUCUACCAUGAGAGACAGAAUGUGGAAAAAAAAAACAAGAAAAUCACAUUGUUUGAUUUUUAAAGAAUUUAUUUGCUAAUCAUGGUGGAAAAUAAGUACUUGGUCAAUACCAAUAGUUCAUCUCAGUACUUUGUUAUGUACCCUUUGUUGGCAAUAAUG